AUGGACAAGCCGGAGCCCAAGGACAUGAGCCAUUACUACUCGGACGUGACCAAGGCCCGGAUCCCGUCUAAGAUGAAGGAGUACUACAAAUACUUCCUCAUCCCAGGUAUUGGAAACCUGGCAGGCGGCCUUCCCAACGCACGCUUCUUCCCCUUCGAUACCCUCGAGGCACAGACCGCCAAACCCGAGCGAUGGACCCCAACACCCAACCGACCGGGCGCAGACAGCAUCUCGACCAAGCUUGCUUCGGCAUCCAUCUCGUCCAGUUCCUCGAAUCCCAAGGCGGCAUCGCAUAUUGUGGUCCCGCACGACGACCCCAGCGCCCCGAAUCCAUUAAAGAAGAUCGACCUCGCCUCAGCGCUGCAGUAUGGUCAGGCCAAUGGCUAUCCACCGCUGCUGUCCUUCAUCCGCCAGUUCGCGCGCGAGGGAUUACACCCCAAUGUGCCUUAUCGUGGGGGACCCGAGGUCAUAUUCACGACCGGAGCUACCGACGGCAUGUCGAAGUCGUUGGACCUCUUCACCAACAUCUGGUCGGAAGGGAAGAAUGAUAUCCGGGAGAGGCCGGGCUUAUUGGCCGAGGUCUUCAUGUACCCCAAUGUGCUGAGCCAGGCCUUGCCGAGAGGAGUACAGGUUGUGCCCGUGGAAAUGGACGACGAGGGGAUGGCAGUUGAGGGGCCUGGUGGGCUGGAGGAUGUGCUGGGCAACUGGGACGAAAGCAAGGGGAAGAGACCUCAUCUCAUGUAUACAGUGUCAAUGGGCCACAACCCCACCAGCGGCAUCCUCUCUCUCGAGCGCCGCAAGGAGAUCUACGCCGUCUGCAGCAAGUACGAUGUUAUCAUCAUCGAAGACGAGCCCUACUGGUAUCUGCAAUAUCCCUCCGCCGAGCUGGAAGAAGCCAGGGCGCGCAACCUGCCCGUCCCACAAUCCAAAUCAGUCAGCGCCCUCGGCUGGAAACAGUCAGGUUACCCCUUCCUCGACUCCCUCGUCCCCUCCUUCCUAAACGUCGACACCGACGGCCGCGUAAUCCGCCUCGACACCUUCUCCAAGACCGUAGCUCCGGGCUGCCGCGUGGGCUGGAUUACUGCCGCCCCGAAGAUCAUCGAGCGCUUCUUGCGCGUCAACGAGUCAGGCACCCAGCAGCCCUCGGGCUUCGUCCAAUCCAUGUUAGCCGAAGCCAUCAUGGGCCCGCAAGUCGACGCCUCGUCCCAAUUCGCCUCGCUGCGCUUCAGCAAGGAUAAGGCAUCCUUUGGCGGCUGGCAGAUGGAUGGCUGGGUGCGCUGGCUGUCUGGUCUCCGCGGAGAGUAUGAGCGCCGCAUGAACCGGAUGAGUUCCAUCCUUGAGGAAGGGUCUUAUCUGCUCAAGCAAUGCACCCCCGUUCGCGAAGCCGACGCCGAUUGGUGUGUCAUCACCAAGACGCAGAUCUACGACUUUUCCUGGCCCCGUGCAGGAAUGUUCCUCUGGCUACAUAUGCGUUUCGAGACGCACCCGCUAUGGCAAACCCCUGGUUCCAAGGGCGUCGUUAUCAACGGCGUUGCCCUGUCCACGGCCCUCAUGGUAUUCCUGACGCACAAGCCAUGGUUAACACUUGUUUCCCCGGGAAUGAUGUUUAGCACUACCCCUGAGAUCCGCGCCGAAAGAGGGUGGGCUUACUUCCGUUUGUGCUUUGCCGCUGAGAGCGAGCCCAAUGUCGAUGCAUGUAGUGCGAGAUUUGUGCAGGGCGUCCACAGGUUCUGGCGGAUCAAGAAGGUUGAGGAGCUUGAGGCUAUUUUGGACGAGUUCAAUUCUAUGCAGAAUGCUGCGGUUGAGACGGAGGGCUUGACUGACUUGGGUGCGUUCUGUGGGUGUUAA